UUAACCCAUAACAACAACGUCUCUGUCACUGUCAGUUCAUUUUUUGACAUAUGACAUGUGUUUAAAUGUAGUAGAGAAUUUGUUGUCAGUCUGAAGAAAUUGCAAUGUGGUGUCACAUAAUUGUUUGGAAACAAUCAAACAUGGCAGAAUUUGUAUCAAAAAACUAUCAUUUUUAGAAGUCAUCCAGGGCUAAACAAUGGUUUGUCUUUCUUCCAACUCUGAAUUAUCUUCCUGAAUUAUCUGUGCUGGCAGAGUUGACUUUGAUGACUUUGUUACUCUAUCUUUUUAAUAUCAAUGACUAUAUUAUGAAUCAAAUUCAGCUUUAAAAUGAUUUGUAAUGUGACAUGUCAUCAUAAAUACCCAGCACCACGAAUGCUACAUUUGUUUACAUGUCAGAGCUAGAGCUUCAUCCCUCCAGUCCAGACGUUCAAAAUGUUCAGUUUUUUUUCUAGACGACUUGACCGUCUGUAUCAGAGGUGCCGAGUCAUCUUGAAAGAAGAUUCCCUGGUACGACAGGAUGAUAUCUGGAUGCUGGAUGGUGACGAUCCACCAGACACUCUCUCGUGUGUUCCUCGUCCUGAACACCUUGACUUCCUGCGCAUAACCCCCCCUGAGGAUGACAUCAUUGAGGAUACACCCUACUGCCCUAAACUGGAGUGCAUGCAGCCAUUUUCAAGCUGAGGUAAUCAGACACCUGGCCAGUGUUGUGAUCCCUCCCAAGAAGGGUGGGUCAAAAGGAAGGCGUCACCAGACUGGGUCGACCUGUGUGACACAUUUUACUUUUUCAACCUGGAGGAAUUUUUUUCCCACACAAUAGCUGACUUGGGUUUCCUGUAAAGUGAGAAGAGACUUCAGAGGACGAACUGGACACGUCACUGGAUUUGGAAUCUUGUUAACUUUGCUGGAAGUGCUAAAAUAUUUUAUAAAGUAGCUGGUGGACUCUGCUCUCCGUUCAGCCAGGGAGAUUACAGCCAGAUAUGCUUCCAGCCACUGAACAGCGUGACUUGGUUCCCACACACUGGACUGAGCCGCACUGCUCACGGACCUCUGCCUGUCAGUUAGGCAUACGCAACAUGUUUGUGGCAAGCUAAGAUAAGUUGUUGUCAUUUUGUCCCGUGGAGGCAGGUAAGGAGAUCUGUUGAGAGUUUAGUCACAAAAGCUCUUUUGUUUCCGACCAACGGCCAAGAUUGAGGACAACUUGGAUCAGUACUACUGGAAGAAAGGACCGUUGUGCACCGCUUCUGUGGAUACCUUUUGUACCUGUUUUGGUUCUGCAUUCCCACCUGCGUUAGGAUGAGCUCCUCAAAUAUGAAUGGGCAAGGGACCCGUACCCCCGCAUCUCUUUAUUCAGUCUUCAGCAAUCUCUUUAACCGGGAGCGCUCUGCUGCAGAGUCAGUAUCUCCUGUGUUGACAUCUUUUAAGGACUUGUCACAUGGUGGGAGUUCUCUUACCGAUGGAGCUGAAAGUUCAAAUGAGCUUAAAGAAGGAGACAAUGUGGUGCAGGGUGAUAAGGAUGCCACCAAUUCUGAAGCUACACAAGAGCAGGAUGUUGUUCUCGUCACAAGGGUGGAAACGUAUAGUGACACUGAAACAGAAGAGGAAAGUGAUGAGAGCAGAACUAAGACUUCAGACCCGGUGGUCACUGAAGAUAAGGGUGAUCCAGAGAAAGAUGCAGAUGAGAAAAUUCCACUUUAUAAAAAUCACACAUUUAAAGACAGUAUAUCACUUGUAGAAACUCUGCUAAGAUCUGACAGACGACAGAAGUUAAAGGCAGGACUUGAAUCCAAGGUUGAAAGCAGGAGCACAGAAAUGGGCAUCACUAAUGUGGAGACUGUGGAGGAUCCAAAACUGAAGACAGAUGACAGUGAUGAGUACAUAGGCAUUGAUUGUUCCUCACCUGAUCCUGUGACUUUUGGAAAUACAGAAUCUGCACCUGAGGGGAUUUUACCUGAGGUGGUUGCUGCACCUCAACUGUCUGUGGGUGUUGAGCCCAGAGCUAAAGAAACUGAAACUGUCUCUCAAGUGGUCUCAGAACCAGCCCACCCCAGUGUUGACGAAGCCACAAAUGAUGCUGGUGUCUCAAAGUCCGAGUCCAAUGAGUCAACACAAGAACCUUCAGUGUCUUCUGAUUCUCCUGAGUCACCCUCCAAAACACCCCAAAAGAACCCAGAAGCUAAUGGAUCCACGACCACAUCCAAGGACUUUAAGAUGUCUUCACCUCCUUCUUUCCAGAUCCCGGCACUCUUUAGUGGUGUGAGGGUGCUGAAGAAAGGUGCUGCCUCUGGGGAAAGGGAGACGUUAUCUGAGAUCAAGCAGAGUGAGAAGGACACCGACCUUGCUCUGCUCAACCUUAAGAAAACUGUGAACAAGGCCAAGCAACUCCCUGAGCAGAAGACCCCUAUGAAGAAACAUUCAGAUGCCAAACCUGCCGCUGAUACAAGAAGCACAGUCAUGGGUCAGCUAAGCCACCUGUUGACACGAGAAAAAGUCACCAUACCUAAAGUCUCAAAGCCUGAUGGAGAGCUUAAAGAAAACGAGAAAGUCAAGGGGGUAGGAAAAACAGCAAAUGGAGAUGAUCCAGUAUCUCCAGUGGGAGCUCAGAAAACCUCUGAAUUGGCCAGUGAAACAUUCAAAGGUCUGGUGUUUGGGCCAAAAAGUGUCAAAAAGGAGAGGACUGAGGAUGUUGAUUUGGAGGCAGUCAAACGGAAGAACAAGAACGAGAAGGAGAAUUUAAAGGCGAUAUUUGAGAGAACUUCAACCUCGCCAAAUAAGGAUGUUAAAAAUUCUGAGAUCACCGAGGCAGACACAGAGGUCACGUCACCCACCGACAGCGAGGACCGGACUCCAGGGCGACUACAGGCUGUGUGGCCGCCACCCAAACCCAAAGAUGAGGAUGGCAAGGUGGGGCUCAAGUACACUGAAGCAGAACACCAGGCCGCUCUCUUGGCUCUGAAGAGGGAAUGCAAAGAAAACCUGGAGAAGAUGCACGAAGAUUUUCAACUCCGUAUUUUCGAAGUUCGAGGCGAGCAUGCCGUCGCAAUAUCUAACUUGGAAGCAGUCAUCACCAAAUUGCAGAGAGACAGUGGCAUGAGUCCAAGUCAGUUGUGUGCCGGUGUCCGUGACAUCGGUGUGUCGACAUCAGAUGAUGCAGUGAUCAAAACUUGUCGCACUGUGGCUGUCCAAACUGACAGGGAAACCUUUAUCAAAAGUCCUGAUGGUGAUGGUGGUGUCCCAUCUCAAAGCCCCAACCAGAACAUUCCCAAAAAGCUCAACCUGGACUCGAUAGAGCUCAAUCUAAAAACUCCACCUCCUCCUCCUCUACCACCAGGACUCUCAGGAGCUCCACCACCUCCACCUCCUCCACCAGGACUCUCAGGAGCUCCCCCACCUCCUCCCCCUCUACCACCAGGACUCUCAGGAGGUCCACCUCCUCCUCCUCCACCUCCUCCACCAGGACUCUCAGGGCCACCUCCUCCUCCUCCUUUGCCCAACAGUAUGGGCGGGCUGCCACCUCCGCCACCCCCUUUACCUGGCGGAGGGCCACCACCUCCACCUCCACCUCCUGGGCUACCUGGAUCUGGUCCCCCUCCACCACCACCACCUCCGGGAGGUGGACCCCCUCCUCCUCCUUUUGGUGGAUUUGGACCAAGAGUGGAAAAAGCACCACGCAAGGCUGCCAUCGAGCCCGCCUGUCCCAUGAAGCCUUUGUAUUGGACCAGGAUACAGAUCCAGGACAACAACAACAACACUCUGUGGGGUAACCUCUCAGAGCCUGACAUUAGCACGAAGGAGCUUGAAGACCUUUUCGCCAAAGCCACGCUACAGCCAAAGAAGAAACCUCUGUCAGACACCUUUGAAAAGAAAGCCAAAGCUAAGAAGAUAAUCAAGCUGCUGGAUGGGAAACGUUCGCAGGCAGUCGGAAUCCUCAUCUCAAGCCUGCAUCUGGAUAUGAAAGACAUUCAACAAGCCAUGCUCACUGUGGACAACUCUGUGGUGGACUUGGAGACCAUCGAGGCUCUGUAUGAAAACCGUGCGACAGUGGAUGAGUUGGACAAAAUAAAGAAACAUUUUGAGACGUCAAAGGAUGAUGAGCUAAAACUUCUGGACAAGCCUGAACAGUUCCUCUAUGAGCUUUCGCAGAUUCCAGACUUUGCUGGCCGAGCUCAGUGUAUCAUCUUCCAGACAGUGUUCCAGGAUACCAUCUCAUCCAUCCGUCGCAAGGUUGACGUCAUAUUCAAUGUCUGCAAAGACUUGCGAGAAUGUGAAAAAUUGCGUGACAUCUUGGGUCUCGUCCUGGCUUUCGGAAACUACAUGAAUGGAGGAAACAGGACUCGAGGUCAAGCUGACGGCUUCGCCCUGGAGAUUCUACCCAAACUGAAGGAUGUGAAAAGCAGGGACAAUCGAAUGACUCUGAUGGAUUAUGUGGUUUUAUACUUUCUGCGCAACUUUGACAAGCAUGCUGGUACUGAGAAGAGUGUCUUUCCGUUACCGGAACCUCAGGAUUUCUUCCAGGCCUCACAAGUCAAGUUUGAUGACCUCAACAAAGACAUCAAGAAACUCAAGAAAGACCUAACAACUUGUGAGAAGAAUGUGGAGAAAGUGUGUGCGAACUCAUCCGAGGAACACCUCCAGCCCUUUAAAGAGAAGAUGGAGGCGUUUGUGUCUUCUGCCCAAGAGGAGCAUACAUCUGAAGAGGAACGCCUCAACUCAGCAGAGAAAAGUUUCCAGGACAUGGUGAACUACUUCGGGGUGAAGCCAAAGACGGGAGAGAAAGAAGUCGUCACGAGUCAUGUCUUCAUGCUCUGGUAUGAGUUCUGCAAUGACUUCAAGAACACAUGGAAGCGACAGAACCAGAACAUCUCCAAGGAAAAGUUAAAGGAAGCACAGGAAAACAUCAAGAAGAUCACAGCUGAGAAGAAAGUGGAAACCAAAAAGAUCAACCCCAACAGCCUGAAAGAGAGGCUGCGUCAGAAGGAAGCCAGCGGCUCGUCCAGCUGACUCCAAGAGAGCUGCCAAACAGACCUACGUCAAAACCUCCCCUGGACCAACUCAGCGUGUUGCACGUCCUCUGUACCGGCAGCCGGCAUUCAUGGCUGACACCACCGAAGUGAUGAGAGAGUCUCAGGUCAGAGGUCGACCUCAUUCAUCCAACGUGGCGUAACCUCUGAGCAGCCAGUUUGUGAAAGGGCUCACCGGGUCAGUUGGAUUUACGGCGGACACGUCUGCGAGGUUCCUGCCGGGUCUGCAGAGGAUUUCUCACUCUCAUCCAUACGAAAACACAAUCAAGAUUUUGAUGUCUGGGUUGUUGCUGCUACCUUGAUAACCGUUCUAGCUAGCGUACUACAAUUAAGGAAGUAUCAGAAUUUCCAAACAGAAGGAGCCACAAUGAAGAAUCUUCCAUGAGCAUGCUUAUACAAUGUUGCCAUGCUGCCAUGUAUAAUAUUAGUGGCAUUAUUCCACCUCUCUGUGCAGUGAUAGGGCAGAAAUUGGGUCUUAAAACAGAGGGGAAAGUGUAGCGGGGGAAUAUGUGGAGCCCAAAUCAACUCCAUUUAAGCUGCUUAUCCGUCGUCGUUCCGAUUGAGUGUCUUUUCCAGCACGUGUGUGUUGUAGUUCACUGCACACUCCUACAUCGAUUGAAUACUUUUGCACUGUUUUGCUAUGCAAGCAUAAAAAUAUGUGUUUAAGCCGCUUUUAUUUUCUAUUUAUGAAUAGAAAUAUAUUUUAAGGAACAUGAUUUGUUGUUUUGAGGCUGUAUUUUUGUAUAAGUUGUCCAAGAUAUAUUUUCAGAAGGAUGAUUCUAUUUAAGGCUUUUGAGUCAUUGUAUAUUAACGCAUCUCCGCUCUGAUGUUGACGAGAGAUCCUUAAAUAUUUCCGAAACUUUCACUUGUGCCAUUGAUUUUAUAUUUCAGAACAUUGAAGGGAAACAAAAGAGAGCAAGGUCAGGUAGUGUCGCAACCCCUCCUUCUGUGUGGUGAUCUGUAUCCUCAUGGAAUUGUUUUAAAUUUCAACAAUUAAAAAAUGGUGCCCUUCAAAAUCACCAUGUCUGA